AUGGAGUCCUCAACUCUACCGCGCACCUCGCGCAAGCUCACCUUCAACCAGAACCUGAUCUCUGGCUGUGUGCUGUUCUUCACCGUCGGCGUCUACUUGGCAGUCCUCGGACUCGGUGCCGGCGGCGGCAAGCCAUCGUCCCAGCGCGUCAGUGACAUCUCCAACAGCUCCCUGUAUGGCAUCUACGCCGUGUUCGGCUUCUUCACGGGGGCCAUCAUGAACAAGAUCGGCCCCCGGAUCACCAUGACCAUCGGUGUCGCUGGCUAUCCCAUCUACGUUGCCGGCCUCUUCUACUACGACCGCACGGGCAACGAGUGGUUCCCCAUCCUCGGCGGCAUUCUCCUCGGUCUCAGCGCGCCUAUGCUAUGGUCCGCCUCGGGCUUCAUCCAGUGGGCUUACGCAACAGAGGUCGAGAAGGGCAAAUACAUCUCGAUCCAGUACUUCAUCAACCAGGUCGGAAGCGUCAUCGGCUCCCUCGUCGCCUUCAUCAUCAUCUACAAGGGCGCCACCUCCGCCGAGGGUAGCCCCACGAGCGUCUACAUCGUCUUCAUCAUCCUGCAGUGCGUCGCCUUCUUCUUCACCAUCUUCGGUCUGGUCAACCCCAAGGACGUCCGCCGGUCCGACGGCACGGCCAUCGCCGUCUUCCACACGCUCUCCAUGAAGGAGGAGCUGCUCGGCAUCAAGCGCGUCCUGCGCGACUACCGCGUCCUGGCCAUGCUCCCCGUCAUCUUCAGCUGCGAGCUGGCUCUCGGAAUCCUGCCCUCCGUCAAUGGCCGCUACUUCAACCUGCGCACGCGCGCCAUGAACAAUGUCUGCUUCUACCUCGUCCAGCUCCCGGCCUCGGUCGGCUGCGCGUACCUGACCGACCGACUGCCUUACGGUCGGCGCGUGCGCGGCUACAUCGCCCUUGCCGUCCUCGGCGUCGUCGUCUGGGCCGGCUGGAUUGCUCUUCUCGUGUGGGUCUUGGUGUCGCCGUCGUGGGCUACGCCCCCCGUGGGUGGAGUCGACUGGACUUCGAGCGACUUUGGUGGACCCUUCGUGCUGUAUCUCGUCUUCGGUGUCCUGUACGGCUCGCACCAGCUCAUCGGCAUGUGGGUCAUGGGCACCUUUACCAACGAGCCGACGACUCUUGCCAUCUAUGGUGGCCUGUGGAAGGGCGUUGCUGCGAGUGGAGUUGCCGUCCAGUUUGGUAUGGCGGCUGCUGAAGUAACGUAUCAUUCCCAAAUUGCCGUUGCCUUGUCUACGCAGUUGAUUUCCAUCCCCAUCAUGGUUUGGCUCGUGAGCAGGGCCGAGGAGACCAACUACUUGAAAGAAGUUGAUGUCAUUGCGCCAUCUUAUCUCGAAGGCAAGGCUCUUGGGGUUGAGGCUAGAAACGAUCUUGGCGAGCAGGAGAUUCCCGAAGGGCCCGUGGGCGGCACAAAGAACUAG